UUGUCAAGAAGCCCAACCCCACAUUUCCCAAAUAUCCCCCAGUGCGUGUGUGCGCGCGCUUCCUGCCGAGCAUUGACUGCGUUCUCCUGCCAAUAGACUUCGCGGUGAAUGCGCCCCGGUCUUUAUGACGCGCUCCGCUCACGUUUGAGGAGAACCCCCCCUCCCCCCCAAUUCUGACUUCAGGUAGACCACUGUAGUCCAGACAAAGGACACGCGCCAGUCCCCAAGUUAAUCGCUCGUGCCUUUAUGACGCGUCGAUCUGGAUUCCAGAAUGACUCUAUAGAACGCGUCUCGAUUCGAAUUCAGCUGGAACGCGAGAGAAAUGGACAUCGGGAUUUUCGUUUUCCUGCAGUUUUAGACCCUUGUAAUUAAAUACUCGAUCUUCUUCACCAUAUUACGUCAAGGAGGAAUAAACGGUCUACUAAACGGACGGACCGGGGCGCAACAAUCGGACGCUUUCUUUGAGAAGAAGAACAGCGAUAUUAUUCGAGCGAACGAAUUCGUGACUGUCCUCGCGCAGAGAAGCCCUCGCUUUAACCAUGCAGUUUCGGACAGUUUUGGAUGUCAAAGUCGUGGAUGUGGAGAAGAGGAGGCAUCCAUCCAAACAUUACGUGUAUCUCAUCAAUGUCACAUACUCUGACUCCACGUCCCACAUCAUCUACAGAAGAUACAGUAAAUUCUUUGACCUUCAGAUGCAGAUUCUCGACAAGUUCCCAAUCGAGGGAGGGCAGAAGGAUCCCAAAAAGAGGAUCAUCCCUUUUCUUCCAGGCAAAAUACUAUUCCGACGAAGUCAUGUAAGAGACGUGGCCAUGAAAAGACUACGCUUUAUUGAUGACUAUUGCAGAGCACUGGUCCGGCUUCCGCCCCAGAUCUCGCAGAGUGAGGAAGUUCUGCGCUUCUUUGAGACCAAACCAGAUGACAUCAACCCUCCUGUAGAGGAUUAUGGAUCCAAACGCAAGUCAGUUUGGAUGUAUGGCCUUCAGGACAGUCCAACCAAGUCUGAGGCCUCAGGACUGGACAGCAGUGAGCCCAUGGUGCUUGAGCAGUAUGUGGUGGUGGCCAACUACGAACGUCAGGAGAACUCUGAAAUCAGCCUGAAAGCUGGAGAAACGGUAGACGUGAUCGAGAAGAGCGAAAGCGGCUGGUGGUUUGUCAGCACAGCUGAAGAACAGGGCUGGGUUCCUGCCACGUACCUGGACUCUCAGAGCGGCACCAGAGAUGAUCUGGACCUGGGAACAUCUAGAUCAGGAGAAGUUACUAAGAGACGUAAGGCUCAUCUGAAGAGGCUGGACCGCAGAUGGACACUAGGGGGAAUAGUCAAUCGCCAACAGAGUCGAGAGGAGAAAUAUGUCACUGUUCAAGCGUAUGCCAGUCAGGGGAAGGAUGAGAUCGGGUUCGAGAAAGGAGUAACCGUGGAGGUGAUCCAGAAGAACCUGGAGGGUUGGUGGUACAUCAGGUAUCAGGGUAAGGAGGGCUGGGCCCCAGCCUCAUACCUGAAGAAACUCAAAGAUGACCUUUCCCCAAGGAAGAAGACUCUGUCUGGCCCUGUGGAGAUCAUCGGAAACAUAAUGGAGAUCAGUAAUCUCCUCAACAAGAAGGCUGUCAGCGAGAAGGACAUUCAGACCGAUGGAGAACCCACCACCCCCGAGCGCCACAUUUCCAAGAGUGAGAUCAGUCUACCUAUCCCAUAUGCCCCAGAGGCUGGAGUGGCACCCGCAGUCAACACUGGGCUUGGUAUGGGGUCUGGAUCUAGCGCCGCCCUGCAGGAGAACAAGAGCAGGGCAGAGCCGGGGUCACCUGCUAUAGCCCGAGUAGCACCACACAGAGUCGAGAUAGGAUUUGAAGCCAUAGGCUCUCCAAACCUCAGGCAGAAACCUCCUCCUCGAAGAGAGACAAAUCUGGCUUUCCAGAUGCCCAAACCUCCAGAGCCCCCUACUGUGGAAGCGGAGUACUACACCAUAGCAGAGUUUCAAUCCAGUAUCUCAGAUGGCAUCAGCUUCCGUGGAGGACAAAAGGCUGAUGUCAUAGAGAAGAACUCUGGUGGAUGGUGGUAUGUCCAGAUCGGGGAUAUGGAGGGUUGGGCACCCUGCUCCUAUAUUGAUAAACGCAAGAAGCCCAACCUGAGCCGGCGAACCAGCACGCUCACCCGCCCCAAAGUUCCGCCCCCUGCUCCGCCAGUCAAAAAGGAUCCUGAGGAAUCAUCUUCUCUGGGCGGCUCAGCCUCCAAAGCGCCAGAAUCCCCCAGUCAGCGUGUCUACGAAGAGCCGGAAUAUGACAUUCCCGCCCUUGGCUUUGACGAUUUGGACUCUAAAGGUUCUCCAAAACCAGAACCUCGAAAGUUUGAAAUCAAAAGCAAUCCAUUGGCUGCCGAGAGAAUCGCACAGGCCGGCAAAGCAUCACCUUUAUUAAAGGUAAUGACCUCUCCCUUGAGGAAAAGAAACUCAUUGGAGAAUAUCAAUAAGGAGGAGGUGAUUUAUGAGAAUGAAGGAUUUAGGUUCUCCUCCGAUGACUUUGCCUCUCCUAGAGACUCCAGUGGUUGUGAUUCGGACACCCAAAGGAGUCUCACUUUGGGUCAUAAACCUCUCAGCUCCUCUUCCUCUCAUGGAGGAGUGAGGCCCCUCCGCAAGGUACCCCCGGAUAUAAGUCGAAGUCAUUCACUUGGUCGUGCAGAGAGACACAGUCCCAGGUCGUCAUCAGACGAAUCAGGUCGCAAUCCCAAAAGAGAACCAGUCAUGCGUAAAGAUGUAGAAAUUCGGAUUGGUCAGAGUCCCUUGGUCAGGCCCAAACCAGUGGUGCGCCCCAAACCUCUCCUUACAAAGUCAGAGCCACAAAGUCCAGAAAGAAUGGACAUCAGCAGCUUACGCCGGCAGCUGCGUCCCACAGGCAGUCUCCGGCAAGGACCGGUCCGUGCGGUACGUGGUGGUGAGGAUUCCGAGACGACUUCAAUUGUGUCCUCUGAGGACUCCAUUUCCACAAGGAGCACCUCGGAUCUCUCAAGCGUAUAUUCCAAGGGCAGCCGAGGUGGGGAAUCAGACCACGAGAGUGCAUUCUACAGAACCACAGAUGCCUAUGAACGAGCCCAGGAGUCAGAGCUUAGCUUCCCAGCUGGUGUCGAGGUGGAGGUGCUGGAAAAGCAGGAAAGUGGAUGGUGGUUUGUUCGUUGGGGUGAAGAAGAGGGUUGGGCACCUACUUUCUACCUGGAGUCAGUCAGACAUCCCAAUGAUGUUGGUGUUAAAGAGGUCCGUGAUUGUCCUCUUGUUGAUCUCUGUGGCACCAACAAGUCCAACAGCCUUGAGAAGAAUGAGCAACGUGUUCAGGCCCUCAACAACCUCAACCAGCAGAACCUGAGAAUCUUGAGCAACCCUAGUCCACCAAUCCCAUCCAAACCACCCGGGGGCUUUGGUAAACCACCCACAAUGCUGAAUGGCUCAGGCGUACGGAUGAGGAACGGUAUUCGUCAGGCAGCGGUGCGACCACAAUCUGUCUUUGUUUCUCCACCACAGCCUUUGAAGGACACCAACAUCCAUACUGGAUCUUUGAGAAGAAAUGAAUCGCUGGGCGCAGGUGACCACUUGAAGUCCGGAGGUGGUGUUCGACGAAACUCGUCCUUCACUGCUGUUCGGCCGCAGCCGGCGACCGAUGUGCGGGUGAGGGCUGGGACCACCAUUACAGCACCUGUUGGAAGUCAAAGCCCCUUGAUUGCCCAGAGAAAUGGAAUUCCAGUCUCUACAGUAAGACCCAAGCCCAUUGAGAAGACACACCUCAUUCACAACAAUCUUCGAGAGGUUUACGUUUCCAUUGCUGAUUACCGUGGGGACGAAGAGACCAUGGGUUUCUCAGAGGGCACUAGUCUUGAAGUUUUAGAAAAGAAUCCAAAUGGAUGGUGGUACUGCCAGGUUGUAGAUGGCUUACAUGGACGUAAAGGCUGGGUACCAUCUAACUACCUGGAGAGGAAAAAAUAAUUCUUCAAAAAUGUUGUAAACAUGCACAAUUGUAAUCAAAAUGUAUGAAGAAGAACUGUCUGGAGGACUGUGCUUUUGAUUUUAAAUGAGAGGGACAGAGCCUUUCAGGGGUUUACAUUUAAAACUAAAGUAAUGCAGGUGAAUGUCUAGCAAAAUACCUGCCAUAAUUUUAUGCCAAAUGGGUGCCUUCGUCCAUCAUUCACUGAAUGUUAAGAGGAAUCAGUAAAAACCAGUAAACCAACAUAAAUACCAAACGUCUUGGUGCCAUAGGCCUACGAGUGCAGAAAUCACCAAACUUAUUUUUGUUACAAUGUUAAAAAGAUAAUUUCUGCAUAGGAGUGUAAGAAUACGUGCAAAUCUAAUAUUUAGCACUCAAAACCCAGAAACAGAAUGUCAACAAAUAUCUGAACAGAAAUAUCAACAAAAUCAAAUGUUAUCUGCAAUUGAGUGCACUCAAUUGAGUGAAACCAAGCAUAACUUUUGUCAUUUUUUAAAAACUUGUUUUUUUGUUUUUUAGAAAUUGUUUUGUCUGAUGUUUUAUAUUUUCCUUAGAGAUGUAUUUCUGCUUUCUUGUAACAUCCUAACAAAACCAAACAAUUUCAGGACACCAUUAUUUACGUCUCUUUGUCUUCCCCGUUCUUUAAAUCGUCGGCAGUCCCAAAUUAAAUAGAACAUGUUAAAGGAAAACAGUCUGUGAAAGCAACAUGCGGUUAUGCAUAGACCACCUCAUUCCCCACCUCAUUACUGGGUUUACACCCAAGUUUAGUUUACAAAGUAAAUCUGGUCCUACUGUUUCUGGUCAUUUUCAGGGUAGACGGCUUCAGAGGACAGGACUUUAGACUUUGCUGCUCUGUGUGUGCUAUAUUGGCUGUGUUUGCAGCGAUAAUUCAUUAAUCAGGACUGGAAAAUAUUACGUUUUGUUCAGCAUUUAAUCCCAGGGAAGUAGUUAUAUAACAUUGAGCCCAAAAUGUGAUCACACCAAAGAAGAAAACCGACACGUUUGCUAGUUUGUUUUAGAAUUAGUAUUUAUUUUAUGGGUACAAAGAAAUACAGUGUAUUCAGCAAAACCUAAACGAGGUUUCAAAACUGAGAUCAAAGUAUAUUUAAUUGUUUUAUCUGGAAGCACUUGAUUUUCUAACCCAAAGAAAAGCACAUUAUUAUGCAAGGUUAAUUCAUACAUUACGAUAUUGCUGGGCAGUAUUGAAUUUGAAAUUUAAAGUUAACACAAUAAGCAGUGUAAAAGCAAAGAGUUUACUUUUAUCAUUUAAAGAAUAGUAUUUCUUGCUAUCUUAGUCCAUAGUCCAAACUUUGAUUUGUCUUCAUUAUAAAUUUCAGAGAGUGGAUUACGUCCCCCUUCAAUUGCGAUUGAUUCAAUCAAAUAAUGUUCAUUGAAAACUGUACCAAACAUCUGAUGUUCAAGACUGCUGAAAUAUUUUUCUAAUGAAAAGUGUGAGCUCUUAAAUGGGUUUAACACUACCUUUAUGUUAUUUAGUUUUCUGCUGGACAGUAUUAUAGUGUUAAACAGUUUAAACAUUAAUUACCUGCUAGAUUGCAGUUAUAUUCUAUUAAGCAGAUUUUGUCAAUUAUGUCUUGUUUUUUUGUUGUUGUGUGAUCACACAUGGACAAUAAUGAUGAUUGAGGUGGGUCAGUUGUUGUAAAUCAAUGUAUUUAAGCUUUUAAAAGCAAGAAUCCAUUGGUUUAAAAAUGCAGUGUGCUUCAUCAGCAUAUAAUUUAUUUAACUAAAUUUGUUCUUUUUACAUUUUUAUAUAUUUAAAAAAUACUUUUUUUUAGUACUUUUGUCUUGCAAAUAUGACACAUGUUAUAUAGUUAUAGGAGGCUUUCUCUAAAAAACUUUUUUAAAAACUUUUGGUAACACAAAUUGGCUACUGCUAUAUUCCAAGCUUUUUUUCUACGAAGCUAUAAUUUUUGCCUCUGAUUUGGGCCAACAUUAAUUGCAGUAGAUGUAUCUGGAAAUCGCGAAUUAAUUUUUAAUAAAUUCAGCUGAACAUUUUGUUUUUCCAAAUUAUUUUUAUCGAGAAUUUGUUUUUCCCCCAGGUUGAAUGCUGCACCUUUAGCAACUGGACUCUUCCUUUCUCGUUAUUGAGCCACAUAUAAUGCCUGAUUUAAAAAAAAAAAAAAAUUAUUUUUAUAAUUUCAUGUUAUUUUAAUUUCAUCACUCCCACAAAUGAAACCAAUUAUAAACCAAGUAAAAUACAGCAUUACAAAUUGGAAAGAGCACAAGUUAUACCCACAAGGCUACAUAACAGAAUCAUGUUGCUAUCUGUAAACAAUUGAAUUAAUACAUUUUAUAAUUACGAAUAUAGGUUUUGGUGGAAAACAGCAUGGCUCUUUUGUGAAUUUCAUAUAAUUGUGAUGGGACCAAAUUUGAUGGCAAAAUAUCGGAGUGUUUAUUAGAAUGGAUUAUCAUUUAAAAAAUAACUGCAAUAAUGGGAUUUUAAAGUUCUAAUUCGGAUAAUUUUUUAAAAAAACUUUGUAACUUUUCAAUUUAAAUAUGAAAAAUGAGCCAUUGCACUCUCGCUCUCUUUUUGACGAAGGCAUUAUAGAAAUGUGUCGACUCACUACAGCACAGCGCUUGUGAUGGAUGUUGCAAAGCUCAAUUAACGCAAUGCUUUUUAUCUUCAUUCGUGCUUAAUUUAGAAGAAAACAAGUGUCAAACUAGUUAUUUUUUCAUAUUACUUCUGUAUCUGGUAGCUUUGUUCUAUGUCUUCUUUAUUUAUUUAAUUUUAAUGCUUUUUUUUUUUAUUUUUUUUUAGGAACAAUAUUGUGUUUUACUUUUAUUUUAAUUUUUUCACCUGUUCACUUUUGACAUUACUCAGAUGGAAUGAGGAAAUGUGCAAUACAAAAACAUGCAUCUCACCAAGUAAGAAUUAAGUAUUGAAAAUACUGUUUUUUACAUAUUCAUUCAAAACCCUUCAAAUCUAUUCAGUAUUGCCUGGCUUGUUUUGUCCCAUAGGUAUUUUGUAUCCUCUUCAAAUUGAGCAUAUCAUUUCGCCCAGUGUAUUUUAAAAUGUUAUGCUGAAUGUUAAAACCCUCCAAUUAAUGGACACCUACAGUUUACCGCCCAACCUUGAAUUUAAAGUGAUUUCUACAUGCGUUCUUAAGCUUUUUACCCACUAAACCGAAUCACCGUGGAAAUAAUGAGGAAGCAUGGGCAUACUGUAUCUGAUCAGUCAGUUCAGCUUGUCAAAUCACAGUCACGUUUUUUGAGAUGGUGGGCUUAAACCACCAGCAGCAGCAGCAGCAGCAGCUAUGUAUUAGCUCUCCACCACACACUGCCAAAUGCUCGACAUGUCUCUCUUACAUCCACCCCUACAUGCCACAGUUACCAUGGCAAACACAACUUCUCUAUCCUAAAUCCCAUUCGUCAACAGCAAGGACUUACAGCAUAAUGUAUCUUUGCCAGUUUUCCUUUACUUUGCGUAUAGCCUACUAACAAAGUUGUUUUUAAAGGUGCACUCAGUAAUUUUUUUCCUCAUUUAAAAAUGUGUACUUCUAAGGAAAUUAAUAGUAAUUUUGAAACAUAUGUAUAAAAUCAUGACCACUCAUGUGAGAUGAAGACUCCAGUCAUGUCAGUAACCUUAUAAAAGCGCUUUUAUUCUACAUUGAGCAGAGGCGCCUCAUGGGGGCUGCCAUUUUAGCAUCACAUGACCAGCUGAAUACUACUCGUUUAAUCUCAGUAACUGCUCUGUUAUUUGACACUUUCACUCAUUGAUUAAAUUAAUCCUUGUUUACUGAGCAUAGUGAAUUUCUACAAUGGCAUCUGUUACUGAAAACUAUUAAAUGAUGCUCCAUCCAGACCACUAGAUGUCAGUGUAAGCCAUACUUUGACAUACUAAAAUUACUGAGUGCACCUUUAACUGUAAGAGAUCCAGGUUUAAAUCUAUCACAUCUAAAAAUAAGAUGAACUGCAUAUGUCAUAUGUCAUUAUGUAUCCUAACUAGAGUGUAUUACAAUUACAAAACUCUUCCAGUCUGAACUCAUUCAUAUUUUAACUCACUUGUAUGCCUUUUGAAAGUCAGAUUUCUGUGUACAUUGCGAAAGCCUCUGAGUGCAUUCAGAUGAACGCAAGUAGCGAGAAUGUUUCAAUGUAAGAGGAGAGAAUUUGACACUGGUUGAAAAUGAGGGGAUUUUCAAGAGAUUCCAUUUAUUUGAGAUGAGAUGUCUUUUGCUUUCCCUGUUUAAAAAGGCUUCAAUAGACAGUUGCCGUCUUUUCUUUUUCUCGGUUUUAAUUUUAAAGAAAUGUUCUAAGAUCUUACUUUUUUAUACAGAUCAAGAAUUAGAAUAGAACAUUGUUAUUGUAAGAAGAAAAGGAUCGUGAGUGAAUUUGUGUGCUUGUGUGGCGUAUUCUGAGGUGGUUUGUGUAAGGGAUUUUUUUUAAAUGGUGGCGAGAGAAGGUGAAUAGACGGAAUGUUUGUUUUGAUGCUUGGUUAGAAACGGAAACAAGCCAGUUAAGGUCAGUUACUGUAUGAUUAAAUGACUUAUGAAGACUUAUUUGCUUUGAAAAGAUUGGACAAGUGUCCUAGAAAAAAGAAAGGCCUUUGUUGUAAUUAGCAGCAAGCCAUUAUGAUGUCACAAUUGCAUUGUAGGGUCAUAAUAGCACUGGUGAGUCACAGUGUUCUCUAUAUCUUUGGAGUUAUUUCUGUUGGAAUACUGUCUGCCACUUAAUUCGAGCAAGCAGUCUGACCUUCAAAGGUCUUAGUGCUUCGGUAAACACAUGCUGAGGUUCAGAGACUCGCGAACAGCUAUGUUCCACCCCACGCUGCUGCAAACCUCUUAACAACAAUUUAAAAGCUGCUAACAGAAUCUGAGAGAGAAUAGGAUUCCUCGUCUCCAGCACACCCACUGCGCCAUCAGGAGUUGAGGCAGUCUGUGAAAUCACAUUACGCGAGCACUCGGUUAAUUACAGAGGCUUGGGACAAGCGCAGUGGAUACAAAUGUCACACUGAUUGUGGAUGUCGAGCUGCCAGGGGGUUUGGAUCAGAUGCAGAGAUAGAUUGAUCGCGUCUCUAAUGGCUCACAGCGUGUCGAGAUGUAUUAACAUCAUAAAGAAGAAUUAUUUGCGCUUCCUGUGUCUGCGAAUGGCUUCAUUUACUGAGGCGUCUAUAUGAUGCUGAAUUGUUGCGUUGGGGUUUAAUGAAAGUUGUGAGAAUGAACAUGAUUGAUUGAGGCAUGUUGUUUAGUUGAAUGCUUGAAUUUUAACAAAGUCUGAUAAACCGUAUCUAGGGUAGACAGUAGACGGUUUGAUGCAAAUGAUAACAAGACUGUGAGAGAUAGACAACUGUGCACUUACACUAUACACUAUGCAUCUAGUGUAUGAAUUUUCGAAGUGUAGUACUGUCCCAAAUGCAACACUUACGUUUUUUUACUAAACUGUUUUUUACCUGGAUGUGUGCUAGAGUAGGCCUAUUUUAGGUGUGGAUUAGAGUUGAGAAAGUCAUAUGUUUGUGGCACUAAGUGCUUAGCGAGAGUUUCAGUAUGUUUUAUUUUUUUAUUUUUGUGUUAAUUAGCAUUUUUGAGUAGGACACAGAUACAUAAGUGUUUGGUAUGAGGCAGUAGGCCAUGUUUUUGUUAUCACUUUGAUGAGAACGAGUGUGGAAAGGUAACAUGCUGCAGAUAUCUGAUUUCUUGCUGUUUUCUGUCGCUGUCUUUGCGUGGCUGUCUGCUCUAAUUACCAUUUCUCUGUUCUUAAUUAACAGUCAGGGAAAUAACAGCACAUGGGGCCAGUAACAUCUCACUUAAAGGCAAUCAACCGCUGAGUGUUUUGAUAAGUGCCACCUCUAUGUAAGAUAAAUUUAUUGAGGUUUGCGUAUAUCACGCUCUCCUCCUAUGUAUUGCCCCAUGUCUGUUUGAUAAAAUGGUCUCCCCAUCUUUAAGAUAACAAAUCCUUGAAUAUUCCCUCAAAACAGACUGUCUUUGUAAUCAAAGUCAUUCUUCAGCCAGUCUCAAAUUCUCAAACAGGAAAAGACAAUGCAGAUGGCAGUCAAACUAAAUGGCACAGAUCAUUUGACAUUGGGAAUGUUUGGUUGCAUAUUUGAAUACAUAGGAAUACAUUAAAACGUGUGCCCUUGAAACAUUGAGAAAAAGCCUUGCAUUGAUAUUGUUCAGCACUCAGCCAAAUCUACAUUUUGUUAGCAUUCAUUUUAAAGAUGUGUUCUACAGCUUCAGCUUUUAAUUUUCAGCAUUUUUGUUUUGUGAUUUUUACUUUUUUUGUUUUUGUACCUUUUUAUGUUUGCAAUGUAUCUUGCAUUGUCCUAAAGGAAAACACAAUAAAAUGUAUCCUUGUUCUUA